GAUGUCAUGAAGAGGUAACUCUGGUACCAGCUGGCAGUCAAGUCUGUAGGAGGGCAUGGAGAGUUGAAGAAAAAAGCAGUAUCUUGAGGCAGACUGGAAGAGUCAUCACAGCAUCCAAAUCGACAAGAAAACAUCAUUCCAGGGUCCUACAUGAUGGCCUACUCUGGUACUACAAUGAUGUCUGAUGACAUUGACUGGUUACGCAGCCACAGGGGUGUGUGCAAGGUAGAUCUCUACAACCCAGAGGGACAGCAAGAUCAGGACCGGAAGGUGAUAUGCUUUGUCGAUGUGUCCACCCUGAAUGUAGAAGAUAAAGAUUACAAGGAUGCUGCUGGUUCCAGCUCAGAAGGCAACUUAAACCUGGGAAGUCUGGAAGAAAAAGAGAUUAUCGUGAUCAAGGACGCUGAGAAGAAAGACCAGUCUAAGAUGGAGGGAUCUGUGUGCCUUUUCAAACAAGCUCCCUCUGAUCCUGUAAGUGUCCUCAACUGGCUUCUCAGUGAUCUCCAGAAGUAUGCCUUGGGUUUCCAACAUGCACUGAGCCCCUCAACCUCUACCUGUGAACAUAAAGUAGGAAACACAGAGGGCGAAUAUCACAGAGCAUCCUCUGAGAACUGCUACAGUGUCUAUGCCGAUCAAGUGAACAUAGAUUAUUUGAUGAAGAGACCUCAAAACCUCUGUCUAGAAAUGACAGCAGCUAAAAACACCAACAAUAAUCAAAGUCCUUCAGCUCCUCCAGCCAAACCUCCUAGCACUCAGAGAGCAGUCAUUUCCCCUGAUGGAGAAUGUUCUAUAGAUGACCUUUCCUUCUAUGUCAAUCGACUAUGUUCUCUGAUAAUCCAGAUGUCCCAUAAGGAAAUCAAGGAGAAGUUGGAAGGUAAAAGCAAAUGCCUUCAUCAUUCAAUCUGUCCAUCCCCUGGGAACAAAGACAGAAUCAGUCCCCGAACUGCUGCGAGCAAGAUUGCUUCUGAAAUGGCCCAUGAAGCUGUGGAAAUGACCACUGCAGAAAUGUGUGGCACUGGAGAGGAGUCCAGGGAAGGUGGCCAGAAAAGCUUUCUAUGUAGUGAAUUAUCCAACAAGAGCAAAAGUGGAGACAAACAGAUGUCCCAGAGAGACAGCAAAGAAUUUGCAGAUUCCAUCAGCAAGGGGCUCAUGGUUUAUGUAAAUCAGGUGGCAUCUGACAUGAUGGUCUCUGUCAUGAAGACGUUGAAAGUGCACAGCUCUGGGAAGCCAGUUCCAGCAUGUGUGGUCCUGAAGAGGGUGUUGCUAAGGCACACCAAGGAGAUUGUGUCCGAUUUGAUUGAUUCCUGCAUGAAGAACCUGCAUAGUAUUACUGGGGUCCUGAUGACUGACUCAGACUUUGUCUCAGCUGUCAAGAGAAAUCUGUUCAACCAGUGGAAACAAAAUGCUACAGACAUCAUGGAGGCCAUGCUGAAGCGCUUGGUCAGUGCCCUUAUUGGUGAGGAGAAGGAGACUGAGUCUCAGCGUCUGUCAUAUGCAUCUUUAAAAGCUGGGUCCCAUGAUCCCAAAUGCAGGAACCAGAGUCUUGAAUUCUCCACCAUGAAAGCUGAAAUGAAAGGGAGGGACAAAGACAAAAUGAAAUCAGACCCAUGCAAGUCACUGACUAGUGCUGAGAAAGUCGGUGAACACAUUCUCAAGGAGGGCCUGACCAUCUGGAACGAAAAGCAAGGAAACCCAUGCAAGGUGGCUACCAAAGCAUGCAGCAGUAAAGAUGAGAAAGGAGAAAAGAUCAAUGCUUCCACAGAUUCACUGGCCAAGGACCUGAUUAUCUCUGCCCUUAAGCUGAUCCAGUACCAUCUGACUCAGCAGACUAAGGGCAAAGAUACAUGUGAAGAAGACUGUCCUGGUUCCACCAUGGGCUAUAUGGCUCAGAGUACUCAAUAUGAAAAGUGUGGAGGUGGUCAAAGUGCCAAAGCACUUUCAGCGAAACAACUAGAAUCUCACAGAGCCCCUGGACCAUCCACCUGUCAAAAGGAGAACCAACACCUGGACUCCCAGAAAAUGGAUAUGUCAAACAUCGUUCUAAUGCUGAUUCAGAAACUGCUUAAUGAGAACCCCUUCAAAUGUGAGGACCCAUGCGAAGGUGAGAACAAGCAUUCUGAGCCCAUGGCAAACAAAGCAGCUUCCAUGUCCAAGAGAUCUGACAAAGGGGAAGAACAAUGCCAGGAGCAUCAAGAACUUGACUGUAUCAGUGGGAUGAAGCAAGUGAACUGGCAAUUUAUAGAUAAACUGGUAGAAUCUGUGAUGAAGCUCUGCCUUAUCAUGGCUAAGUAUAGCAACGAUGGGGCAGCCCUUGCUGAGUUGGAAGAACAAGCAGCCUCGGCAAAUAAGCCCAAUUUCAGGGGCACCAGAUGCAUUCACAGUGGUGCAAUGCCACAGAACUAUCAAGACUCUCUUGGACAUGAAGUAAUUGUCAAUAAUCAGUGCUCUACAAAUAGCUUGCAGAAGCAGCUCCAGGCUGUCCUGCAGUGGAUUGCAGCCUCCCAGUUUAACGUGCCCAUGCUCUACUUCAUGGGAGAUAAGGAUGGACAACUGGAAAAGCUUCCUCAGGUUUCAGCUAAAGCAGCAGAGAAAGGGUACAGUGUAGGAGGUCUUCUUCAAGAGGUCAUGAAGUUUGCCAAGGAAUGGCAACUGGAUGAAGCUGUGGGAAAGGUGGCCAGGAAACAGUUGCUGGACUGGCUGCUUGCUAACCUGUGAGCUGAUCCUUGACUCCUCUUCAUCUUAGCCCCCCCUAGCAGCAUUCCAUCCCAGCCAGAGCACCCCCACCAUCAGGCCAGUCAACUGCACAAUACACAACUGUAUUUCCCAAUACACUUGAGCAGUUGCCUGUGAAUGUAAGAGGUGUCAACAAACUGGGAAAGAAAAUAAAAA